AUGUCACUAAAGUUGAACCUUAUUGGCCCACCUCCCUGGGGCUUCAGACUGUCUGGAGGAAGGGACUUCAAAAAGGCAAUAACUGUUUCCAAGGUGGCCGCAGGCAGCAAGGCAGACCUGGCCAACCUGCAGGUGGGUGACAUCAUCGUGGAGAUCAAUGGAGAGAGUGCGGCAUCCAUGCUGAACAUGGAGGCCCAGAGGAAAAUCACGAACUCCAGGGCACAGCUGUUGCUGCUGGUGGAACGCUCCACAGGACUCACCAGUGGGUUGCACACACCUGAGCAGCUAGCCGAACACUUCCAGGCGCUGCAGGCUGGCCGGGAUGAAAAUCAGAAUUACAGAGAGGCUCCUUUCUGCAGUCCUGUCUGCCUGUCCCCUCGUCCCAUUUCACCAGACCUGCCUGUUAGCCUCAAGAAGAAGUCAGCUGCAUCCACUCCCACCAGCAGCAGCAGCAUCCAGCUGCGGGCCUGGUCGCCAGGGGAGACGAGUCCCAGCCACAGAAUACCCAGGACAUCAUCUGAGGAGUCCUCAUUCAUUGACCACAAGAGUCACCCCAUGUCCGGUAGGACCCCCUCACCCCACAGUCUCAUCGGCAGACAGCGCCCCCCAUCUCCCAGACUCAGCUUGGAGCAGGCCGCGCAGAAGAACCCCCGAAAUUCAGAGGUCUACAAAAUGAUCCGGGGUCGCAUGGAGUUCCGUGCAGCGCCCCGACAGUCCAACACCUUCCAUGCCCUGCAGGAGGCGCUAGAGGCUGAGGAGAAAGCUGUUGUUCCAGAGACUGCCGCAAGGUUCAGGUAUAGACCUCUGUCCAGUUCAUUUCAGUCCAGCUCCUCCAAGGCAAGGGACCAGGUCUUCCCCACCUGUGAGAGGUGUGGCACCCGGAUUCUACGGUACCGGCAUGCGGAGUGCUUUGUCUGCACGCACUGCGGCCUCAGCCUGCGGACGUGCAGUCACACCUGGGUGGGAGAGGACCUGCUGUGCGAGAGGCAUGCCCGAGAGAGGCGGCAGGGCCGGGCCGGCGCCCCCUACUGCUGA